ACUUCAGUCUGUCCCGACAUCACACAAACGCACUGGAACACACUACAAGGAAGUAUAGUCUAAAUCCCCAUACUAGUUUCUGUCUAACUGUUAUGCUGUCCCGGAAAUAUUUCGAUCUGUCUUUAACGCGACAUCACAUGCAACAUACUCUGGGCACGAUGACAACUACAACCCCAACUGUGUCUGCUGGGGAUGUUGAGAUUCCAGGUUGGGUGAAGCUGGCUCUGCCUCUUGUAGCAGGAUGCCUGGCCAUCUUUGUCAUCCUCCUCGUCCUGAAACGAUGCGGCUACUGGGACAGGAUUUGUAAGAGAAAGAAGACCAGGGAGGAGGAGAUGGAAGACAUAGAGGUGAGAGCAAUGCUACCUCCGCCUCUGUCAGUUUCAAGCCCUAACAACGACAUGAUACAUCACCCCCACCUCAGCAGUCACGACAUGUUUCAGAAUCGUGGACACUUCACGGUAACCAAAGACAGACCUCUGCCGAGUACCCCAGCGCCGCUACCUUGUCCCCACGGGCAUAGAAACGCUCAUAGUCUUUCUCGUGACGUCACCGGAAACUACGUCACGAACGCUGAUUACGGGGACGGUGUUACUGGUAACAUACAGAAUCAACGCAGAAGCCGAUUCGGUAACCAUGGCUACAUGACAAUGUCGUCUGGUAAUGCUGUAUCCUGUUGCAAUAAAGUACCAAAGAGCAGUUACAUCACCGCACGACAUGACACCGCCAGAGUUCCGGUGAACGUCUGCGCUCCAAUCCUGAGGACGAACACGGAAUCCGAGUGCAGAGAACGGUACCGCUAUCAGUUUAAUCAGUUGUCGUGUAAACCGCCAUGUGAGUCAGACGUGAGAGACCAUAGAACCAACACUGUUCCUCUCACGAACAUUUAUUCAAACUCAACCCUUUCCCUGCCAGACAGACUACGCUGUGCGGAAAUACCAGUCGGACCUUUCGUUUCAAGACAGACGCACAGAGAACCAUCCAUGGAUGAGGCAAUUGCGCUGACGAUAGCGAGCGAAUCCUUUGAAGAUCUGGCGUCCUUCGCCGGGGCAUGGUGGCAUGCACAGUCUGAAGAUUCUGAAGAUGUAAAGGAUGCACCAUAUUUGCCAAGGAAGCGUUGCCAGUCAUUCCCGCGCCAUAUGCAUAUUACAGGAGCCACCUACGUUUCCAUGAGCUCUGAAAAACUACCAAGGUCACACACGAUGGAGGGGGAGUACGUGACGCUGCCACCCCUGCUCCAUCGGCGCCCAUGUGACAGCUAUAUAACCAGCGGCCAGAAGAUGAGGAGUCAGUCACUGAGACGGUCGGGAAUACACGACAAGACCAUUGGUCAUCUCUCUGCCACCAGAAAGGAACCACUUAUAUCGCUACCACCACCACCACCUCCAUGUUUAAUGACACAUGAAUACAUCAAUGCAAAGACAGUAUCGCAUUUUUAGGCCAGGCCUGAUUCAUUGUUUGCUGAGCUAAAGUACAGAGGAGAAACACAUAUUAUCGAUACAUUUUUUGACCAUUUUGGAUUCAGAUGGUAAUAUUACAUAUAAAACAGUGGUUCAUUUCUAUUUGUAUUUUUGGUUCCGAAGACGAGCUAUUUUGCCUCAUUCAUUAUUUAACGAGUCACGUUUGAGACAAGUCUCAUUAUGAUAAAGUACGUGGAUGUGAUAACGAGGAAGGUCAAUUAUUCAGACGUUUGGCGAUGUUUACUAACAAAUAGUCCAUUUGUCUCAGAUUUCAUACCUGUAAAUUAUGUACAGGUACAAAAGUGUAUUCCCCCUUUUUUCUGACUUGUAAUAUGCUUUUAUGCAAAGAUACUCACACGCAUUACACAUUCUGUGUUUCAUGGCUUUCGGUUUCCUUGGUAACCAAAAGGCUUGUGUAGGUCGUAAUGAAAGUGAAACUAAUUUUGUGAUGUUUUUGUUUGACAUGACAUUAUUUUGUUUAUUCUCUUCUUUUAUGAAAAUAUACACAAACUCUGUCCUAUGGGACAAAUCUAGGAUUUAUAUUUCGUAUGUGUUUGAUGUGUAAUAACAGGAACGAGUUCAUAGGUGUUGUACGACUGACAAAUGGCUUGAUCGUAGUCUCCCUUAAAUAUAUAAGGGAACACCUGAAAGUACAAGUGUUCCUAUCUUCUUUUCUUCACAAGCUUUGUAUUGCACUGUGGGUGAAAUUCUGGAAAAGAAUAAAGGAACAAAUGUACUUUCAUGUGUUCCCUUAUUCGUUUAGUAUAUAUAACCUCAUCAAUCCGGACCCGCUAAUGUGGACACGUAAUUUCCAGACACCUUUGACAGGAACGUGUACAACCAAGAACCAUCACACCAGACACUCUUUAAUCCGGACAUUUAUAAAUCCGAACGAUGGCUCUUUGAAUGGUAUUGUAUUAACGAGGUCUCAGUGUUAGCCAUGUCCUGACAUGGCUGAGAAAUGUUUGUAUUUUCUUGUGAAUAAAGUAUUAAUUGUGUCAUCA